AUGAAUAUUGACCCUUCUCAAGAUCCCACCUCACCAUACUAUCUUCAUCCAUCAGAAAACCCUUCAUUAGUUCUUGUUUCUUUUGUUCUUGAUGGACCAAAUUAUCAUCAAUGGUCACGUUCCUUUCGUAUGAGUCUUGUUUCCAAGAACAAGCUUGGUUUCAUUGAUGGAACCAUUGUUGCUCCUGCUCGUUCCAAUAUUCUUUUCCCAGCUUGGGAAAGAGCCAACAUGAUGGUCGUAUCUUGGAUCAUUCGAUCACUCUCAUCAUCCAUUGCACAGAGUGUUAUUUGGAGAGACAUUCCGGAUUGCUGA